UUUGUCUCUAAUUAUAUAUAAGUUUUUUAAUAUGUUAGCCGCAUUCUCUUACCAAUCUUCAAUGGCAAAAAAUCUUUCUCUUUUCCACAUUUUGAUCAUCAUCAACCUCGAUCUCUCCAUUUCUAGCUAGUUUUGGAACAAUUGUUAUCGGUUUCUUUUAGACAUACAUAUAAAAACUUCUUUUAUUUUCUUUCUUUCUACUUCUUCUUCUUCUUUUUCUUUUUCUUUUCUUUUUUCUCUAUAUAUUGUUAUUUCAUGGACGAUAUUGAAAUUCCUCAGUAUUUUAUAUGUCCAAUAUCUCUGCAAAUCAUGAAAGACCCAGUAACAAUUAUAACUGGUAUAACAUAUGAUCGUGAUAGCAUUGAACAGUGGCUAUUCACUACCAAAAACACAAUCUGUCCUGUCACUAAACAAUCUCUACCGAAAGAUUUCGAUCUAACCCCUAAUCAUACUUUGCGUAGAUUAAUCCAAGCUUGGUGUAUUGAUAAUGCUUCGAGUGGUAUUGAUAGAAUCCCCACUCCUAAACCUUGUCUCGACAAAUUCCAUCUCCUUAAACUUAUCAAGGACCUUCAUCUUCCUCGGCUUCAAAUGAAAACCCUUGUCCAGUUGGAGCUUCUCGCAGCGGAGAACGACAGGAAUAGAAAGUAUAUGGCGGAAACAGGAGUGCCCAAGGCGUUAUUGUUGUUUAUAGUAACAUGUUUCAAGAAAGGUCGAUUUGAUGGUAUUCAAGAAGCAGUUAGUAUUCUUCGGUUGAUUCGCAUUCCUCCACAGGAAUCAAGGGCUCUUCUUAGCGAAAACGAUCAGAUUAUUGAAUCUUUGACAUGGGUUUUAAGGUGGUGCAGUAGCGAUAAUCAUAUUACUAUUAAAUCUCAUGCAGUUUCAGUACUCAAGAUGGUUUCUGAAGAUGCGAGUUCUAGUGUGUUAGAAAGGCUUAAACCUGAAUUUUUUGAAACGAUUGUUGGUGUAAUUAGAGAGAAAAUAACUCAACAAGGUAUUAACGCAGCUCUGAAAGUGUUGUCACAUGCUUGUCCUUGGGGAAGAAACAGGAUAAUGAUGGUAGAUGCAGGAGCCGUUUUCGAGCUUAUCGAACUGGAAUGGAGAUACCCAGAAAAGAAAACCACAGAGCUUAUUUUGGGGAUACUAUUUCAUCUAUGUUCAUGUGCUGAUGGAAGGGCCAAGUUCUUGAGUCAUAGAGGAGGAAUUGCUGUGGUAGCAAAGAGGAUCUUGAAAGUUUCUCCGGCAGCCGAUGACCGAGCAGUUUUAAUCCUUUCAUUGAUAUGCAAAUUCUCAGGAACAAGCAUGGUGCUUCAAGAAAUGUUGAAUGUUAAAGCUGUGUCAAAGCUUUGUAUGAUGCUUCAAGCUGAUUGUGCUGUUUAUUUGAAGGACAAAGCCAGAGAAAUCCUAAGAUUACAUUCUGAUGAGUGGAAGAAUUCUCCUUGUAUUGAUGCUUCUUUUUUGACAGGGUAAGCAAAUCUUAAUUUUAUUAGUUAUACACAUUUUUGGAUCAGACCGGCGGAGGCAAGGUUCAUUAGUCUACUGUAGCAAACAAAAAACAAAAAACAAAAGUUCAAAAGGAACUAAAACAAGUCGUCAAGUAAGAUUUAUCUACUUAUCAAAACUUAAGUCAGUUUCAAGAUUUGAUCUGUGGAUAUGCUUAAUGUUCUGUAAUAACUUAUGGUAUCAUCACAGAUUAGUACAUAUUUCGCUCGGAAACAUAGCUCUACAAA